AUGCUAUACACCAAAGAACUUGAACGACUUAAAUAUCUUACAUUAAAGAAUAAUAAUGAUAACUAUGAAUAUUCAACUACAUUAAAUUCAAAUUGUAAACAAGAUCUUGAAUGGUGGUCUCAUAACAUUGUAGCAUCUACUAAUCCUAUAAGAAAAAAUUCUUACAAAUUAGAAAUAUUCACCGAUGCUUCCAACACAGGUUGGGGUGCAUCUUGUGGUUCUGAGACUGUCAGUGGUCAUUGGAGUCAAGAAGAAACUCAAUUUCACAUUAAUUCUCUAGAAUUAAUUGCAGCAUUCUUUGGAUUAAAAUGUUUUGCAAAAGAUUUAAAAGAUAUUGAAAUAUUAUUGAGAAUUGAUAAUGUAACGGCAAUAUCAUAUAUUAAUAGACAGGGGGGAGUUAGAUAUACUCACUUACAUCAUAUUGCUAAGGAAAUUUGGCAAUGGUGUGAGUCUAGAAACUUAUGGAUUUAUGCUACAUACAUAAAUACCAAAGACAAUAUAAUAGCAGAUUUUGAAUCUAGAAAAGAAUUAGGUAAUACAGAAUGGGAGUUAAAUAACACACAUUUUCUAAAGAUUGUCUCUAUAUUUGGUGAACCAUCAAUUGACCUAUUUGCAUCACGAACUAACUCCAAGUGCCAAGACUAUGUGUCAUGGCAUCCUGAUCCUGGGGCUAUAGCAGUGGAUGCCUUUACUGUUUGUUGGUCGAAUUACCAUUUAUUCUAUGCUUUUCCCCCAUUUUCUAUGGUACUCAAGACUCUAGAAAAAGUUAUUUUAGACAGAGCAACAGGCAUUGUAGUAGUGCCAUACUGGACUACUCAGCCUUGGUUCCCAAUUUUCAAUAAACUUCUAAUACAAGAACCUAUCAUUUUUCAGCCUUCUGAAUAUCUACUCUCUUUGAACAAUUGCAGAAUGAGUCAUCCUCUACACCAGAAAAUGAAACUGAUGGCAGGAUUAUUAUCAGGAAAACAUUCUUAA